CUGCAGUUCACCUACCAAGUAAACUGACAAACAACAUCAAAAAGAAAAGAAUAAAACUCACUACACUUAUAAGGUGAGAACUACAUCAAGAAGGAGUCCCAUUUCUGCAAUUUUUACUUGCAGCUUGCCUUAUAUUCUGUGUCUGUUCUUCCCGUCUACAACUGUACUCAAAGGACACAACAGAACAUCUUUGUUUAACCAUUUUUUAUUCAUUUCCUUUGGUGGUUGGUUGGCCUUUUCUUCUUCACUUUUGCUGAGGUGGGUUGUUUCAUUUGGUGCAGUUAGCUAUUGCUAUCACCCUCUUGAGUUCAUGUGGGAUUGUUUGCUUUUUGUCCCCUUUUAGCUUAUUCCCUUCUCACCAUUGUUUUGGGAUCAUUGGUCUUUGGUUUUGCUGACUUGAAUGAGGCAGACUUUGUACUUUUUGUGAUGUGAAAUAUUGUCCCCUUUUGGCUCAAAAACUAACUUGCAGACUGAAUCCUUCAGUUUUUUGUUUGUUUAUGAAGGAGAGGGAGGGAGAAAAGAAGCAAGCAAGAAGAAGAAUCAUGAACAUGGUCCAAAACCUUAUGGAUAGACUGAGACCUCUUGUGGGGUUUAAAGGCUGGGAUUUCUGUGUUCUCUGGAAGUUGAGUGAUGACCAAAGGUAUCUAGAAUGGAUGGACUGCUGCUGUGGUGGGACAGAUCAUGAGGCAAUUCAAAAUGGCGGGGAAGAGCUUCAAUUCUCUGCUCUUUCUCCAACCCUUCCUUGUAGGGAUGGUAUCUUCCACCAUCCAAGAACCACUCCUUGUGAACUCCUUUCCCAACUUCCUACUACAUUGUCCCUCGACGAAUCCGGGAUUCAUGCAGAGGCUUUGAUCUCUAACGUUCCAAGGUGGUUGAACUUCUCCAACACUUCAGGCCCAACCCUUCUUGAGCAUUUGAAUCAUUAUGCACAGGAAACUGUUGGAACUAGAGCUUUGAUUCCUGUACCAGGUGCCCUCAUUGAGCUAUUUGUUGCUAAACAAGUUCCUCAAGACCAGGAAGUGAUAGACAUUGUAACUUCACAAUACAGCAUUCUGAUGAGUCAUCAGGAAGCAAUGGCAUCAGCAAAUUUCAUGAUGAACACUAAACAAAAUCACGAGCACCAGAAAGAUCAUGAUCAUGAUCAUCACCAAAUCAUCGACAUGAACCACUUCCAUCCACCGCCAAUCUCUCCAGCAACAGCAUUGGAGACCUUAAACCUGUCAUCAUCCUAUGACCUGUCAUCAUCAGUUGAUAGAAUCCGCGGGCUGUGUAGUAGUAGCUCUCCCAUGAACUUGCUCCAGCACUUCAGCUACACCAAUGACGAUGACAACAGAACAACAAAGAGCAAUGGUGGCAUGUUCUUUGAAGGAAAGGAGCAACAAGGGAACAACAAUGACAAGGACUCAAUCAAGCAAGAUAUGAAUGGGAGAUCAGAUUCAGUCUCGGAUUGCAGUGAUCAGAAUGGUGAAGAUGAUCAGCACCAGCAGCAGUUUGGUGGUAGCAAGUUUAGGAGGAAGAAUGGGAAGCCUGAAGCCAAGAACCUUCAAGCUGAGAGAAGGAGAAGGAACAGGCUUAAUGGGAGGCUCUAUGAUCUUAGAGCCUUGGUUCCCAUGAUCUCCGACCUGAAGAAGGCAUCUAUAAUUGGAGACGCAAUCGAGUUUGUAAAGGAGUUGAAGAGGCAAGCCAAGGAGCUUGAAGAAGAACUUGAAGCUAACUCAGAUGAUGAUGAGAUGUCAAGAAGAAACAACAGCUGCCACAACAACAAUAAUAACAACAACAACAUCAGCAGCAGCAGUUUGGGUGCUCAAGAUGGAACGAGCGAGGCGGGAGAUGUUGGGAUUCCAAGCUUGGUGAAUGUAGUAGGGAAUCAGGAUUGGGAAACAAGCAACUGCAAUGAGAAAGGGCAGCAGCAUCAGCAGCAAAUGGAGGUGCAAGUGGAAGUGGCACAAAUUGAUGGGAAUGGUUUCUUUGUGAAGGUGUUCUGUGAGCACAGGCCAGGUGGGAUUGUGAGGUUGCUAGAGGCACUGGAUUCCCUUGGUCUAGAAGUCACCAAUGCCAAUGUGACCAGCUGCAAAUCCCUUGUCUCCAAUGUUUUCCGGGUUCAGAAGAAGGACAGUGAGAUGGUUCAAGCAGACUAUGUGAGGGAUUCUUUACUGGAGCUCACAAGAGAACCACCGCCAAGAACAUGGAGUGAAGUUCACCAUCGUCAUCGGGUAAAUGGUGUCAAUUCUUCUGAGAAUGGCAAUGGGAUGAUAAUGGACCAUGAUCAUCCCAUUAAUGAUCAUCAUCACAACCAAUUACUUGUGCUGCAGAAUGGCGCCGGCAAUCUGAUGGACUCCAACCAGCAUUACCUCCACCUCCUCCACGGUUGAUCCAUGGUUCGAUGGUUAAGUUAGUUGACAGUUAAUUGUGGCAAAAGUCCUUAAAGUUUUGGAUAAAUCAUAGAUAGAUCAAAAUGUGGCUAGUAGUACUCAUGACUUGUUCAAUUUUGGAACUAACUGUUAGUGUUGUGGUAUAUGAUCCACGAUUGAACAUCUCCCAACAACUCGAGUUAUUGAGAGCAACUGGUUCUUGACAUGGUACAGAAUCUUCUGUGACCGAGAGGUCUUGUGUUCGAUUCCCGGUGACCCCCAUUUGUUAAGCACAUGGUAUUCUUGUCUUCAGACCUGUGCAAACUUCAAGGCCUUCUGAGUGGCUUUCGUUUGAGGGGGCGUGUUAGUGUUGUGGUCCUUCUGAGUGCCCUUAUGAGUGGCUUUCGUUUGAGGGGGCGUGUUAGUGUUGUGGUAUAUGAUCCACAAUUGAACCUCCCAACAACGCGAGUUAUUGGGAGCAACUGAUUCUUGACACUAACAACUUUAGUUGCAGGAUUGAUCAUUAGAAACGAGUUUCUUUUUCACUUAUGACACAAAGUACGCAAAUUUCUUGACAAAAACCACGAUGAAGGUUCAAUCUUUAUGAUCUUUUUAACGUUUAUGUAGUAAUACAAUGAAUCAAUAUCCAAUGGAAGAAGAAGAAAAAAAAAACGAAAUCUAAAUCG